AUGGUGCAAGGUGCGAUGCUGCUCCUGCCGUUCAUCGCAAUAUGUUCGCUCACGUUGCACGCGCCGUGUUACGGUCGAGAUCUGGCCGGUGCGGAAUCGCGUGUAAUCAGUCGACGCGAUGUGCAAAGCAAGAACGAUAACCGUCAGGUAGAUCAUUUGGUGACCGCGGCCGCGCCGGUCGCGGAGGUCGAUCUGCAGACAGCUGCGACCGAGCACAAGGGUCAUCAUCACGAGUCCGGCGGUGGUCACAAGCACGAGUCCCAUCACCACGAGGAACACGGCGGCAAGGGUGAAAAGGGUUACAAGAGUCACCACCAUCACGAUAAAGGCGAGAGCGGCAAGCACGACAAGGAGCAUCACUCCGGUCAUCACGACGAGCACGGCGGCAAGAAGAAGGGCCAUCAUGACGAGCACGAAAAGUACGGCGAGCAUCACGAGGGCGAGAAAGGCCACAAGGGUGGCAAGUUCGGCGAGAAGAAAGGCCAUAAGAAGGGCCACAAGACCAAGGGCUAUCACAACAAGUUCCACAAGGAUGAGUAUCACAAAGAACACAAGUUCUACGAUGAUUAUCACAAGGGUGGACACCAUGAGAAGCACGGUGACUUCCAUGGUCACCAUGAGAAGAAAGAAGGCCACCAUAAGAAGGGUGGUCACCAUCAUACCGGUUACCAUGAGGAUCACCACGGCAAGAAAGGCCAUCACGACAAGGGACACCAUGACGAGGAGCACAAGGGCCACCAUGGCAAGCACGGCCACGAAGAGCACCAUUCUCAUCACGACGCGUACGGCAAAAAGGGCGAUCAUCAUUCCGGAAAGAAAUAUGGCUACAAGAAGGGACAUUAG